AUUUGAAAGUAUAUAAAGACUAGUCAUUCUUAUCGAAAUAGGCUGGCAUUGCUUCGAGGCCGUCCCUCGGCCCAUUAGAAGUAUGUAAAAGCCCGAUCUAUAGAAUGUGGGCUGUUGGCCCAUUAAGGGCGAUCCGAGUCUGAGCCCGAUCCCGUCUAAGGAGAAAGGGUUAUAGUUGUAAAUUGAGUUGUCGAGCUCUCUAUUUCGUCCUUACCUUAGAUUACAUUAUCCGUCUCCCACAGAAAUUCCCAAAUCGAAAGCAUCUCCGAUCACCUAGGGUUUUCGAUAUCUCACUCGCCGACCGAUUGUCAUGACUAUCAGCUCUUCCAGACUUAUUCCUAUAGAUCGUAGCUCCAGUUUUGAGAAUCUCCAGCAAAUUAAGGUUCCGUUAUGACGACGACGGCAAGACCUACGUGGGCACCCGCGAAAGCUGGGAAUGAACAAGGGGAAACUCGAAUCUUCGGUCCAUCUCAAAAGUAUUCGUCGAGGGACAUCGCUUCUCAUACUACCCUCAAACCCAGAAAGGAAGGACAAGACACCCAAGACGAGGUGCAAAGGAGAAAUCUCAGGGACGAGCUAGAGGAUCGAGAGAGGAGGCAUUUCUCAUCAAAAGAGGAUAGAGAUCGCCGGAAAGGAAAUCAUCUUCUCUUAGAAGGGUCUAGGAGAGAAGUUGAGGGCCGAAUUGUUCCACGAAGUAUAGAUGCAGAUGAUGCUGAUGUGGAUGCUCAGAGUGAUGAUGAUAGUGAUGAUGAAGAUGAUGACGACGACGAGGAAGCACUUCUGCUUGAGCUUGAACGUUUAAGGAAAGAAAAAGCUGAGCAGAAAGAGCGAGAAGAACGGGAAAAACAAGAGGAGGAGUUGAAAGCUAAAGAAGAGCAACUUUUGCGUGGAAAUCCUCUGCUAAAUAAUCCAACUUCCUUUAGUGUGAAGAGAAGGUGGGAUGAUGAUGUGGUUUUCAGGAACCAAGCUCGCGGUGAGACCAAAACUCCUAAGCGCUUCAUCAAUGACACCAUCAGGAAUGACUUUCAUCGAAAAUUUCUCCAUAAAUACAUGAAAUAAUGUCUUCGCCAUUUCACUCAUAGAGCUCUGAGAUGUGGCCUGAUAUUGAGAAUUGAGAUCCCCAAUGAAACAAUUCUUUGGUUUCAAUUUAUGUGGAUUGUAUCUUUUUUCUUAACUAAUGAAGGAUUGUGGGUUGUUUUUUUUUUUUCUUUUUAAAAUAGUACUAUAAUAUAAUUAUUGUGUAGCGUGAACUCGGAACGCCCAGUCCUUGAUAUACAUGGUUGUGUUGUUAAAUAUGAAAGGUGCCAUAAUUUUAUGA